AUGACCCUCAUUGCUCAGUACCAGAGAUUCAUUUCAGCAACAACUUCACCCAAAGGUCAUCAUAGCUCCAACAUUUGGUCUACAUUAUUUGCUCAAUUUGGCUAUCAAUCAUGUGAAAGGGACUGUGUCUAUUGGACUCCAUCAAUGCUGCUCUCAUCAGUGACUGCCCUUAGGGGCUUGAACGAUUCAUUUUCUGUCUAUCCUGAGGAAACCCACUUUCUGGGUCACACAGAUGGAAUACCACCAUUCUGGAUUUUGAUUGGAAUUCCACCCAUAUGUUUCCAUUUUGAUAGUUUCCAAACAAGUACAAAAGGUGGUGCUGUUGUCUCUAAUGAUGGAGUGCAACACUCAGAGGAUAUGAUUGGCAAACCAAAACCAUGGCAUGCAGUCCAGCCUCCCAAAGGCUGGGAAGAGCACAUGUUUGGCCUGAGAGAUAGAAGACACUCCUUGACACCUUGUCCUUCCAUUGUGAACACCCCAAUGCUCCCUUCCCCUUCCCUGCACCUGGAUGACCAAAUCCAUGAUGAGGACUCUGCAAUGGAGGAGGUGGAGGAGAAUCCUGACAACAAUGAGAAUGAGGAUGACCAGCCUUCCAGUAAUGAGAACAAGGAUGAUCAGCUGUCUGCUAGUGAGAACAAGGAUGACCUGCCAUCUGGUAGUGAGAAAGAGGAUGACCAGCUGCCCAGUAGCAAUGAUGAUGACAAGGGUUCUGAUUACAAUGAGAAUGAUGACAAGGAGAUGGAGAGCUCAAGUGACUCCCAUGGGUUUGGUGCCUCUCUGGUCAUGCAACAGUGGGCUUGGUGCCCACUUGUGUUUCAAAGCUUGACCAUUUCUUGUGCCCAGUCCCCACUUCCCCUGUCCUUGCCACCUGCAUACAAGUCUGAUGACUCUGCCCAUCCUGUAGGGGAUGUUGUCCAUCCUUGCCAAGAGGGUGGCCCAAUCUAUACUAGACUUCAGAAGAAGGGCAAAGGUAGGGCUAUAGAUGCUGAGGACAUUGAUGCUGCAAACCACUGUGACCAUGACACCCAACUCCUGAACCUCAAGAAGCUGGGGAAUCUGUCCACAGCAGCAUUAGAUGAAAUAUGUGCUUUUGUGAAGGAUGUCAAGAUGAUGGCAGAAGAACUUGGCCAACAGCACAGGCAGUCUACAUGUGACAUACUCAUCACUGUGGGAUUUAGUGUUAGGGCUUCUCAUACCAAAAUUAAUGAGGCCAACCUCUUCCACUCAUGGUAUUGGGCCACACAGCCCAAACAAGAUGGUGCUGAUCAAAAUUCAAUCAACAAUUUGAUUAUGAAGGAGUACAACACCCUCAUGAUAGGCAUCCCCAAGGAUGACUUCAUGGCAAGGAGGGAAAAGUUAAAAGCCAUCUAUGAGUGGACUAGAGUGGACAAUGCAAAGACACAAUUUGUCAACUGGCCCCACAGUGUAUCUCCACUGGGCCCUGGUUUCAAGUACAAGAAACUUAAGGCUGGCCCUCUUUGUCAACUUGUAGUACCUUACCUUCAGAGAAGACUGGGUCUUUUGUAUGAUGGGCAAACUGAUGAUGAGGAAGAACAAGAUAGUCUGGAUGAUGGGCAAACUGAUGAUGAGGAAGAACAAGAUAGUCUGGAUGAUGUGCUGGAAAUUGAGAUUAAGUGCUGGAAUGAAGGUCAUCAUAUUUUGGAUGCUGACCCUUUGAAGGGUGAGAUCGCACUUGUCAAAGCUACCCAUGGUACUGUUUUGCAGCAGAUCUCAGAUGAUCCAGAGUGGCAGAAGUCCCUCAAGGAAAUGGAUCACUGGCAGCAGGGCACAGAGGAUGUGUGCCCCAUUAUGCAAGAUUUGCAUCAUGACCCAUCCACAAUUCCAAGCAAUGUGCACACUCGAGAGCCUGGCCCAUCUGAGCCUCCUGUGCCAGCUCCACAAUAUGGGGUAGGGAUCUACAUCAGGAUAAUCUUCCAACUCAUCCUCACAUACAAGAGGCCAGCCCAGCCCAGCAGUCUUUUUCCAGACAACAAGAUUCUUGGGGUGACCAUACAAACUGUCAUGAUCCUGGCCCAUCUGAUAUCCCAUAUCAUAGGUUUCACCAUCAACUUGCACUCUCUCGAGGUGUUACCUUCUGGCCACUGCAAUCAAUUUCCUCUGUCUUCCCAAGGAUUCCAUCAUGUUCCAUCUUGA